AUGGGUUCGAAGGCAAUGACAAGUAUGCGAGAGUUGUUUCCAGAGUCGGAGCACUUGAUUCCGAUUAUUGAGAAGAUGUCGUGCACGCAUUGGAGAAGAUAUUUUCUUGUUGUGAAUGCAUUUGAUUGUGGGGAGAAGAAGAAACAGGAAUUGUGGGGUUUUACUAGAGAUCCAGAAUUGAUUGAUAAAUAUGGACAUAAUGAAGAGUGUAUUAGGUUUAGUUUCUUUGAGGAGAGAGGGUUAUAUAUUGUGGAUAUAGUUUCUGGAGCUUAUUUUACAUUCUUUAUUACAAAUGAUGGUAUUUAUGGAAUUGGAGAGAAUGAAAAUGGGCAGUUGGGAGUUGGAAAUAACUUAAAUCAGAACGAUUUUGUGAAAAUUGAGAGUUUGAAUGGUUUGAAUAUUAAGAAAUUGGUCUGUGGAACUUUCUUUUCAAUGGUAUUGACCCAAGAUUCUGAAGUUUAUGGAUUUGGAUUGAAUCAUUGGGGUCAGCUUGGACUGGGAUAUAAAUCUGAGAGUGUCUUGCUACCAACCAAAUUGGAAAUGUUUGGGAAGGGAAAGAUUGAGUUGGAAACUAUUUAUUGUGGAGAACACAAUGUAUUCUUUUUAACCACUCCAAGUGCAUCAACAAAUUAUCUGAAACAAUUAUAUGCUUGUGGUUAUAUGGAAUUUGGGCAAUUGACAGAGCAAUAUUGGGAAAAGUAUGAUUAUGUUGAUGGGGUUAUCACUGAAGAAUGUUGGGAAAGAGUUUACAAAGUUGAGCCUGUCUUGAUUGACUUCUUUUCAAAGAGCAAGGAAAAAACUGUCAAGAAUAUGAUAUCAAGUUAUGGAUUUUCUAUGAUUAUUACUCAGGAUGGUUGUUUAUAUACUUUUGGAACUCAGAGGGAUGGUGAGUUGGGUAUUGACGCUAAAAAUGAUGAGGUAUAUCCAAUUACUGAAAUUCAAUGGAAAGGAGAUGAAAUUAGAAGCAUGACAUGUGGAACUGAUAAUACACACUUUCUGACAAAUAAUGGAAGCAUUUAUAAUACUGGACAUCAUUACGUUAUGAGUCUAGUUAAACAGAAAUUGAAACAACAGCUUGUCUACAACAAUAUUCCAACACUGGUAUUCAAAUUUGAUCAAAUUAGUAGAGAUGAUAGAAUUCUAAUGAGCUCUAGUACCGAAAUUUAUUAGCAAAAUUUAUAAGAAACUAUAGAAACCUUUCUGGAUUUUCUGAUAUCUCCAUAACUUUUAAAUAAUUGAAAUGAAUUUGUGGCUACUUUUCACUCAACUGUAAGAGUAAAAUCUGUAAUCGUAGAAUUUAUUAGGUAGAGAGUGGAAUGUUCACAUACUUCUUGUGAUGUUUCCUACGAGUGUACUAGAAAUCAACAUCAUAUACUUGGUAAAUUGACAACAUGAUGAAAAUCUGCUAAUAAAUAAUAGUAAAAAACAUGUUACUUUC